AUGGCAUUUGAUACCGAGGAUUAUAUAUGUUGCAUAUCUAAAGAUCCUCCAUAUUUUGAAGCAGAAUCAAAAUUAUGCAAUCUUUUAUCAAGGAAGGAAUCAUUCAUAAAAGCAGAACUCGAGCGUUCAGAAUCAGUAGAGCUGUUUUGUCAACGUCUAAGCGAACUUGUUUUUAAAUUACGACCAGAAAUCAAAUUAAAUACUAAUCAACUAUCGACACCAUACUUUAAAAAAGUCAUUCAAGAGAUCAGAAGUAUAGGGUGGGAUAAAAUAACUAAAAUUGAUACUACAUUAUCAUAUUUUGAAAUUGUUAUUUACGAUUCCAAGCGUAGAAAGAUAGAAAUUCGAUUUGAUUUACCAACAAAUUUUCCAUAUUCAACUCCUACUGUUAAUUCGAACUUACCUGUUUCAAUUAACUUUGAUUGGGAUCCUCAAUCUUCCAAAAUUUCUUCAAUUGUAGAUCUUUAUCAAGAAUCAUUAUCAUCAUUUGAUACUCUAUGGUCACAGCUCGAAGAUUUAGACAAAAAUACAUUCGUAAUCGAUCCACAUGUUCCGACAUUAAAUUGUUGCAUGAGAAUGAUAUAUCUAAGUCCACAACUCUGGAUACAGAUAGAAGUUAAACCACUCAGAGCACAAUACAGACCAAUUAUCAAGUUCAAAGGUUCAGAUCAAGCGAAAAGAGAGAUGCAACAUCAAUUUGAUGAAAACGUAAAUAAAUGGGAUGUUUCAAAGACAAUUAGAGAGAAUUUGGAGGCAAUUCUCAACUUGAAAUUCCCUAAGAGAGCUGAUGAAGAGUGUGAGACAGAGAUAGAGUGUCCAAUCUGCUUCUGCGAACGAUUUGGAGGCGAGUUACCUGAAAUUGUUUGUGAAAAUCCAAAAUGCGCAAAACAUUAUCACAGAUCUUGCCUUGUAGACUGGUUAAGAGAGAACAGGAAGAUGGAACAAUCAUUCCACUGUAUAUAUGGAACAUGUCCAAAUUGUGGGGCAAAAAUUCAAGUUGAUGAUAGCUAA